GCGCUUCAGAGCUUCAGAGCUUCAGCCUGCCAGCAGAUCAUCUUCGGCCAUCCUGGGAACUUCAGCCAUCUGCUCAUUUACCAUGGCGGCAUCCAAUGCAAGGCGAAUCAAGCUGCAAGAGAUCAUCCAGGAUAUCUUGUAUGAGCACUUUGGCUUCACUCCGUCGGCAUACUAUCGCACAGUCGCCCAAGCGGCCAACGCGACAAUCUAUCAAGCUAUGGACGAUCUCGAGGACCGCAUCAGGUCGACUUGGGGUCCCGAAGCCGUUCGUGAGGAUGGCUUAGAAGCACUGGAGCUGGCUUUGGAGGAGAGACUAGACUUUCGGACAGACGCCUUUGCCUCGUUCUCAGAUCGCAAUAUCUUCACUUGCGAUACAAGGCUGAUCCCGUUCUUGCGUCUCGAACAUCAUGUCGCGCCAAGUGAGCACACUCAGUCUUUCAUGAUCGACGAUGAGGCGACGGGCCUGAAGAAGAUCAACGUGGAUGCGCUUGCAACCGAGGAGCACAAUCUGAUCAGGGCAAUCGAGAUGGAGAGGGAACAUCUCCAUCAGGCUCAGACAACUGUCCUCAACCUCAAAAUUGCCAGAAAGGCGCUCGAUCACGAAGCGGAUGCCUUACGCGCCCUUAAAGCAGAACUCACGGGAUUAGGGCUCAAGGGCGAGCCAGCAGCUCGCCUACUCGAUAAAGCAAAGGCAGCUCAAAAGUCCAUACCUGAGCUUCAAUCGAAAGUGGCAGUGCUGCGCGAGCAAAAGCUAGAGAGGAGCCUGGACAAGAAGCCCUUCUGGCUCGAACGAGAGGACUUCGUCCAGUGGGCAGCCUCGAGGCUACUAGAGAAGCAUCAGGAGAGCAAGGCAAAUGCUAUUGAUGCGAUGGACGACAUACAGCGUUCGAUCGAAGCGACGGGCACAGAGCGAGAUGCUGCGGCUUUGCUCGGCCAAUUGACCACCCAUAGCGACCCCAGCGAACGGUCCGCGCUCGAAUCUAUCGCGCAUCUGGUCUCACAACCUCCAGGUAACGCAUGCCACGCUUGUCUUGCACAUUGUCGGACGGGCAGACUGGAUCGCAAGCUCGACUCUGCACGCCACAAAGCAAGACACGCAUCUAGUCCAGCGCAGAGAUCACCUGGCACCUGUCUGGCAAAUUCACGCCUUGCCCUCGCGUCUCGCACACACAACGCGGCCAUGUCGUGUCAUGCAGCGAUGAGACUCAUGCGAUGCGAUCAAGUGCACAUGUUGCGACGACCAGGAGCAUGUUACCAGCCAGAGUCGUCCAGCAGGGCAAGCUCGCCUCGAGUGCCUACAAGGCUGCCGCACAGGCGACCCUCUGGCCCUAGGCCGAGAGCAGACAGCUAUGCAGCUCGAGCAUCGCCCCGGUCAAAUGCUGUUGCCUUGGCCGAACGAGAAGAGUCACCGGUGGUCGAGCGAACUGAACAGCUGUCUCAUCUUCAAAUGGACUCGCCUACCGAUCCUCCAAGCUCAGAAGCCAUGCAAAUUGACAGCAUUGCGCCUCAGCCGUCGUCGUCAUUCGUGCCUGCUGAGGUUGUCGAGAUUGGAGAUAGCACGAGCGAGGAGGAGCCGACUUCUAUGCGUAGAUUCCCCACAAGACAGUAUGACAUGCGCAACCGGUCAUCCAAGCCUCAACUGAUCGCACAUAGUGAAGUGCCGUGCAAAGAAAACGGCUGGCCGAUACUUGCCGUUCCUCCAAGAGGGAAAGCAUUCAGACAGGGGAGAGGCAUGCUGGUCUCACACAUCCUCGGCGCUCCCUCUGCUGGCUUUCAUCUCGGCAUGCCUUGGCGGUGGCAAGAGGGUCACUUUACCAACUUCGAUCUGAAUAAUGCUAGGCUAGCCGAGCAUUAUCAGACGAGCAUGCAAAUCUGCGCGACUAGCACGAGCAAAGCGAGACCGCCCACAGUAGAAGAGAUGAGGCUCGCGAGACCCCAUCCUCAUGCUUUGUUUAAUACAAAGAGGCUUGGCUGGACACUACUCACGCCUUGGCCCGCAUCCAAGGAGUUCGCGCAGAACGGGACGGGGAGCAUACCACCGCGACAUGGCGGUUUGGGCACGCGAGAAGAUUGCAAGGCUCACCACUACAUCACCACGCCGUGCUCAAUCGAUCCGAGAUAUCUGCUGAGGAAGAGUCAGACUGCUCAAGCGACGCUGGGCGGUCCUAGCUUGCUACCUUGGUCACAAGCGACUCUACAAGCUCAGACGACACCGCAAGACGAUUGGAUCAGCCUGGUAGCAUGUACAUGGUCUUCACGCGGAGCAGCGCUCACGCAAGAAGCCGCCAUACCUUCUAUCAUUGAUCCCGAAGCUGCAACCGAGUUCGAGAGCCAAUUUAGAAAUUACCCACCGGCUGGCGAAACGGCUGCCGUCGGCGUGUGCAAUUCUUGGCUAACAAUCUGGAGGAUCUGUGACGCAGCUUUAUUCCCAAACGGUAGGGAUGCCUUGCCUAUGGGCGGCGAUACCUACAACAAGCGAAUCGCACCCAGCCCUGCAAGUCAGAAGAUCUUUACUGCUUGCGGCUUCGUUGCUCGCGAGAAAGACGGUCGACGCUUCCUCAUUGCGCCUGACCUCGAUCCGGCCACACUGGAAGGGUGCAGCAAUCGAGCCACAUUAGCAAGAGCCUGGCUCGAGAUCGGUUUGAUCUUCAUGUCUCAUCUCGACAACGUCAGACCGGGUACAGAAGGUCUGAAGCCACACGAUCGUCUUUCUUCGCUUCUGCGCAUUAUCGAGCCUAAUAAACUCGUUGAACACGUUCUAGGAGGCAACAAUAUCGGACAAGAAUGGUUUCCGAACGAAUGGCUCAGUGCAGAUGGUCGCGAUCCUCACUAUCGAGACCACCAAAUUCUUGGCACAACGCCAUCAGAUCCCAACGAUUUCAUCCUCUUCGCAUACGACCGCCAGGCGAAAUAUUGGCAGGAAUGCACACACCGAUGCUUUGACGCCUUGAAAAACAUAGCAGGUACGCGUGGGGGUACCCUCAUGGCUCAAGUCGUCUCAUACGAGCUCGCCGAGCACGUCGGCGAAUCACGCGUCAUUCAGGCUCUGCAAACGAUCGGCUGCUUGACCCUCGCAGAUCCUCGUAUACCCAGAAAUAUCGACGAUCCUCCCCUUGACAUCAGCGAAGAUGAUCUCGUCAAUGCGCUCAGCAACCUCGACUAUGCUGCACAGCCUGCCAACAUUCAGAAGGAGCAAAGUGAUGCUAUUCAAAUUCUCACACAUUGGAUGCCGAGUAGUGAUACUAUCAAGUCAAUUUGGCUCAGUAUCGCAGGUGAAGUAGCUAAGGAAGAGCCAAUGACGCUCGAACGCGCAUAUGCAACCUUUGAGAUCUCAGCAGACAUGCAAGAUACGGUAGAUGACGAUAUUCUCAAGGGUGUCUAUGCCGUCCGAAAAGCAGAUGGCGUGCUGCACUUGGAUGCUGCAUUGCGGUGUAUCGCAGAAGCGCGACAGAGCGCGGAACUCAAACGUCUCGUCGAAGGCGACGAUUCGAUCGAUGAUCCCAUUGCGGAAGCGAACAUGCCAAUUGGACUGCAGAACAUUGGGAACACGUGCUACCUCAAUUCAUUGUUGCAGUAUCUCUACACGAUCCGAGCGCUCAGAGAAGCAGUCCUGCGCUUCCCUACAGGCAGUGAAGAUGCGAAGAAAACACCACCGGAUGGACUGCGCGUCGGCGGUCGGCACGUCAGCCAGAAAGAGAUUACAAGAUCCCACCAAUUCCUUGCCGAGCUACAAGUGCUCUUCAACUCGCUCGCUUCCAGUCCGGUUCGCUCUAUUGCGCCAACGAAGCAGUUGGCAUAUCUUGCUCUGGUAUCAACAAAGGACGACGACAGGAUGUCCUCCAACAACGAUAGUGGGUCGGAAUUGACAUCGUCUACCAUCGAUACAGACGUCACCCUUGUCGACCCACCGGUGUCCACGAUCGUGCCGUUGACCCCGGCUAAGCGCAAUGGCGAUCAUCUCGACGUGACAGAGUCUCACAAUGGGUCACCUCAGAAAGCGAGUGCAGAGAUCGCGGCAGAACCUCUGGUCCGGACAGACACGCUCGAGAGAUUGAGCGCUGUCUCCAAAAGUAUGACUGCGCAAGAAGUCGACGGCGUGACAGAGAUCAAGCUGGUAGAAGAUGAAAGCCAGCUGGACAGCCUGUCCUCGCCGUCUAUUAUUCUGCCAAAAUUGCCGUCAAGGCCUGCGGAACCAGCCGCCGGCAAGACGCCAGCUAAGUCAGCUGCAUCACCUCUAGGCGGCACCAAUGAGAUGAUGUUCGGCAAGCAAAACGACGUCUCGGAGUGUCUCGACAAUGUGCUAUUCCAGAUCGAAGUUGCGCUUAGCUCAGCGACUCACGUCGACGAGCCGAUGACUGGCAUAGAUGCUCUCAACGUCAUCCAGAGUACAUUCUUUGGCAAAACACGCCAAAUGCUGACUGCUGUCGAUAGCAGCAAAGGCGAAAUCGAGCGGCUGAAGGAGGAAACUUUUGUUGCUUUGCUGCUCAAUGUGUCUGAAGAGGGUCGAGAUAUCUACGACGGUCUGGACGCGGUAUUCGACGAAUCGGAAGUCGAAUCUGAAGGCGUACUCGUCACAAGAUCGGUACAGCCUAUCCAUUUGCCGCCUGUGCUCCAGAUACAGCUCCAAAGGGCUCAAUUUGACAGGAUGACCAAGCGUAGCUACAAAUCAAACGUCUACGUCGCCUUUGAGGACACAAUCUGCCUGGAUCGAUACUUGACACCUGCUGGCAAGGAGCAUGAUGUAUCCGAGAAGAAAGCUGCAGCAGUCGCUGCUCGUCGCGACAUGGACGCAGCGCGCCUCAAGUUGGACAAGCUGCAAUCCAUGGAUGGCGAGAAGGUUGCAAGCUCGAUGUCUGAUCUCAACACAUUCCUCAGCAAGCUUGGCACGGACCAUGCCAUCGACUCGACGGAUGCACUGCCUGCGAAUCUGCAGUCCGAACUCGAAGCAGAAGCCAGGCACCUUUUGGACGAUAAGAAAGCGCUCGAGACAGCGAUCACAGACACCAAGAAGCGCAUCUCGGAUAUCUGGGCGGUCGGAUCAGAUUCUGUCAUUUAUGAUCUGGCGUCAGUCUUCAUGCAUCAAGGCGUCGCCAACGCUGGUCAUUACUAUCUCUAUUCGCGCGCGCUGCCCAAAGAGCCGGAUCGCUGGAUCAAGUACAACGAUUCGAUUGUAAGCACGAUCAGCAAGGAUACCAUAUUCGCAGACACGACUGGCUCAACGAACAACCCUUACUUUCUAUGUUACCAGACAGACGAUCGUCAAGCAGGCGGAUCAUGUUGCAUGUCCAAAAGAGCGAAACCAAAAGACACUAGUAAGAACAGUAAAGCACAUCCUCCAAUGAUCUCCAUUAUCCAGCUCAAGCGUGGAGCAUUGAGCUCGUGGUAUCGGGGUCGAGAAUCGAGAUUUGUCGGUCUUUGGGGGUAUCGCGCACGGUCGUACAAUGUCAACAGAUCAUCACAUAGGCAACCGGAGCAGCUCUGUCGAUAG